AUGUAUAGGUGUAAGAUGGCCGACGGUAAAGAUCUGCUCGCAGUGGAGCUUGAUAAAUUGAAGAAAUCGGAGAUAAUAGAAUUAGUAGUUUUCCAUAAGCUUCCAGUCAAAUUCUCAAGUAGUGAGUUACUAUGUGAUUUCAAGAAAAAACUCGGUGUGUUCACGAAGUAUACGACAAAAAACAAUGAAAGUGAAGUGUUUCACGAUACACAUGACUCUUUGGACAGUGAAAGUGCAGUGAUGUGCUCUGAAGAACACUGCAUUAGAAACAAAAUUAUGGCAGAGUCAUCAAAAGCAAGAGAGACUGACCUCAGUGAGUUCAAUUUUCAUCUGAAAAAACGUAUAGGUGAUCUAGAAGAAAUUAUAUCCUUGAUCAAAGGGAAUAGUAAACAAGAAACAAUUGUACCCAAAUCAGUACUACCGGAGCCAUCUACAAUUAAAUCUAAAACGACAAACAACCAAGUGAAUUCCAGAAACAAGGUAUCUGUAUCUACUAUAUCUAAUCACAAGAAGGACUCAUCAAUAGAUAACACAGGUAAUACAGGGAGAAAUCUGUAUACAAAUAAAGUUACCAAUAAUAACAAUGCCCAAACUAGCUCAACUCUCGACGUCCCCGCCAAUAAUCCUAUCACACCAGAACAAGUGAGCAGUGCGAUUGAAAACGCACAGCAAUACGUCAGUCCUCAUUACAAAGGAAACACGAGCAGAGGUAGGAAUACGAAACGCAAACCGAUCUACGGAACGAAUAAACAAAUGAAUUCAGUGAAGACCGUGCCAAAACUUGGUUAUCUGCAUGUAUAUAGACUCGAACCAUCGACGACAGUUGAUGAAUUCAAGCGGGAUCUGAAAGAUACAGCACCAGACAUCCCGUUUGAAUGCAGCAUCUUGAACAAAACUCAGUAUACCUGUUCAAUGAUUGUAUCGUUCCCAAUGAAUCAUGUGAAGGAGGUUUACAACCCAGAUAUCUGGCCUAAUGGAUCCAUGUUAGCGUUCAUGACUCCCGCUCCCCCAGAUUUAACAGCUGUGGGCGUUGAAGAACCUCAGUUCAACAGUACUAAAAUAGAGCCACCGAAAUUUAUAACUAACGAAGAAACCUAUGAAUCUAGAAAUGAUGAAGGAGAAUUGCCAGAUAGAACAAAAGAAGAUCAAUUCAUUGAUGAUAGCAUUUCACAAUUCUAUACUACUACUAGUAUACUAAUCCGUGAUACAUCAUCUCGAGCGGCUAGGCUGAUAUGGUCAAUUUCACAAGAUAUAAUUUAUGCCACAUCUAAAGGUACAGUUUUAACUCCAAAACAUGUUCUUCUCGCGAUGACGGUGAAGACUCUGACAGGAAACGUUGAGAUGAUUUCUAUUUUGAAUCGCCUUGGCCAUGGAUGUAGCUAUUCCAAACUGUUGGAGAUAGAUACAGCAUUGUGUAUGGAAAAACUCAAUUCUUUCAGGGAGGGUGAAAUACCAUUACCCAGUAGUAUUCAUGUCAGUAUCCCUACUAUAGUAGCCUAUGACAAUUUAGAUCGUUUAGAGGAAACUUUAAGUGGGGCUGGUACUUCCCAUCGCGUCAAUGGCAUUAUAGUUCAGAAUACUUCAUCUACAUGUUUACCAAAAAGAUCUUGUACUACAAUUAUUGAUGGAAAAAAGCCGAGAAAUAUUGCAAUGCCAAUUCCAUGUACACAAGAAUUUAUUGUUGGUAAAAGAAAAAAUCCUCCUGCAAUAACAACCGCUCAGCUUCCACAAGAAUGUUCAGAACAUUUCAAACAAUCUCAACGUACUAACCUAUUUUGGACACUAAGCAGACAAUACAAUCCAGGAAACCAAUGUGUUAGUUCGUGGACUGGAUUCAACAUACUGAUCAGGAAUAAUGUUGCUGUUCAAGCCGACACAGUGGCAUACUUGCCAUGUAUAAAUAAACCUGCUACAGAAAUGUCUACUGUUCAUGAAAUUCUAAGACAGUGUGUGCAGAUCAAGUCGCAACUUGAACUGAAUGAAGUGAUACUAGUACUGGAUCAGGCUAUCUUUGCAAAAGCUGUUGAAAUAUUUUGGCGUCACCAAGAAACAUUCAGAGACAUAUUCAUUAUGAUGGGUGGCUUCCAUACAAUAUGCAACUUACUUUCUAUUAUAGGAAAGCUGUUCGGUGAUGCUGGACUCGGUGAUUUGGCAGUAGAAAGUGGGGCUAUUGCACAAGGCUCUAUAAGAAAUGUUCUUCAGGGAAAACAAUAUAACCGUGCCAUUCGUUUAAAUAAGUACGUAUAUGAGGCAUUCAUGCGAAUCAUUUGGCGACAGUUUCUUGAUUACAUGAAAUUGGAGUUUUCUGAUACCUUCACAGAGAUGGAGACAGUUAAUGAUCUCACGAAACAAUUUUGUGACAAUAUAUGCACUGAAACAUUCAAUAAUGCAAUGGAAGAUGCUUCCAUGAGAAAAGUCAUGGAUAAAUUUGAAGGGUAUAUGAACUACUUGAGGAAUGACAAUGGGAUCAACUCGUAG